AUGUUACCGGGGGCGACGUCAUCGCUGCGGCUGUGCAUCGGCCGGCGGAGAGCUCACAGUCAUUUGCCCUGCGUCACCAUGCCGAAGAAGGUGUCGUACAAGCUGAAGAUUCGCAACACCAUCCUUGCGUCUCUCAACCGCGCCGACAAGUUCCUGCAGAACUUUGUGCUGGAAAAGCACGCCGAUCAGGUGCAGUCGCGGCUCGAUGCGGUCAACCAGGCCUGGGCGGAGUUCGAGGCGCUCCAGCUUGAGAUCGAGACCAUCGAGGAGGAGGACCUCAAGGAAGAGGAUGAUGCCACAGCCAUGGAGGAGGAACAUGAGCGAGUCCGAGAGCAGUUCGAGGGGUUGUACCACAAGUCCCUCAUCCACGAAAAUGUUGAUUUGACCGCGAUUCAGAAGUUCCACUACUUGCGAGACUGUCUUAUCGGUGAGGCCAAGAAGAUGAUCAACUCGAGUGAGUUCAGCGCGAAGAGCUACCAGGUGGUCUGGGACUUGUUGGUCAAGCGACAUGCCAACAAGUAUCUCCAGAAGAAGCGCUAUGUCAACGGGUUGCUUCAGUUUCCGCGAGUGAAAGGGGUGUCGUCGAGUAGCAUCCACGACGUGGUGGAUCACUUCAGCCGUUGUACGCAGAUUCUGGACCAGUUGGGCGAAGUGACCGGUGGCUGGGGCGUGAUGCUGACGCAGUUGUUGGUGUCGAAGCUGGAUGAUGUGACGCAGAAGGAAUGGGAGGCGUUGGCAGCCAAGAAGGAGGACCCGCAGUUCACCGACGUGAUAGCGUUCCUGGAGGAGCGGACGAAGGUCUUGGAUGCGGUCGCAGUUGAUCAGCUGUUGGGCAGUCAGCGUGGUUCUCCCUCCGUAUCUUCGGUUCCAGCAGCCCAGCCCAAGAAAUCGUUCCCGAAGCUGACAGUGAACGCCGCUUCCGACUCUUCCUCUCCGAAGUGCAGAAUGUGUAGCGGCCCACACUUGCUUUCGAGCUGUUCGGACUUCAAGAAGUUGUCGCUGGAUGGUCGGAACAGGCUAGUUUUGUCGAAGAGGCUCUGCAGAAAUUGUCUGUGGAGUGGCCAUUUCGUGAGGGACUGCCAUGUCAAGAGUCGCUGCUCCAGCUGCAGCGAGAAGCACAACACCUUGCUGCAUCCUGUUGGUAGAACUGGUUCCGGUUCCACUCUGAGCACUGCGGUAACGGGAGAUUCACAGGAGGGUGGUUCGCGUUCCUUGACGGCGCCGGCAGCUCAACCGCAAGCGGUGACGAGUUCGGUGGCUACAAUUUACGCUGCAAAUGUGGCAGCGGAGUCGCGGAAGGUCCACGUGUUCCUGUCGACGGUGCUCGUGGCGGUGAAGGAUUGCCAUGGCCGGUUGCAUACCGCAAGAGCGUUGCUCGAUAGCGGGUCGCAGGCGAAUCUAAUCAGUGAGCGACUGUGUCAGAUCUUGAGAUUGCCGCGGAAGAAGGUGAGCGUGCCGAUCUCCGGCGUCGGAAGUUCCCGUAUGCAGGUUGAUAGCUCGGUGUCGGCGAUUGUCUCUUCGCGUGUCACCAACUACACAGUCCCGAUGGAGUGUCUGGUGCUGAAGAAGGUGACGGAGGACCAGCCGUCGGCCACAAUUCCGAUCGAUCAGUGGAACUUGCCCUCUGACAUGGUGUUGGCGGAUCCCGGAUUCCACAAGCGGGCUCCAAUCGAUUUGCUGUUAGGGCUGGAGUUCUUCUACGAGUUCCUGUUGCUGAAUGGUGGCCGGGUGCAGAUCCAGCGGCCGGGAGAAGGUCUUCCGCUGUUCGUGAACACAGUUUUCGGUUGGAUAGCUGCGGGAAAGACUGAUCUGGGGAGUCUAAACCCCGUCCCGAGCUGCCACGUCUCCGUCAAUGCGACUUUGGAGGAGAAGAUCGAGCGUUUUUGGACGAUUGAGGAGUUGCAGGAGGCACCGAAGCGGUCGCAAGAGGAACAGGACUGUGAGGAGCAUUUUCAGGCCACGUUUUCACGCGACGUCACGGGUCGAUACGUGGUGCGACUUCCGAAGCGCAUGGGUUUCGAGAAGAUGGUCGGCGAAUCGCGAAAUAUGGCGGUGCGGCGGCUGAUGCAGUUGGAGCGGAGACUGGGCAAGGACGAAAGCUUGCGAAAGCGGUACAACGAGGCGAUUCAGGUGUACUUGGAUCAGGACCACAUGAAGGUUGUUUCGGAGGAGGAGCUGAAGGGCGACAAGCGGCUUGAAUGCUACCUGCCUCACCAUCCGGUCUUCAAGGAGUCCAGCACGACCACGAAGAUCCGGCCCGUGUUCGAUGGUUCUGCCAAGACGACGUCGAAUUUCUCGCUGAACGAGGCGCUGAUGGUUGGUCCGGUUCUCCAGGACCCGUUGUUCGAUUUGGUGCUGCGCUUUCGGAAGAAGCAGGUAGCCCUGGUUGCGGACAUCGAGAAGAUGUACCUGCAGGUUAAGGUCCAUCCGGACGAUACCCCUCUGCAGCGGAUUCUGUGGAGGCCUUCGCCGUCGGAGCCAAUAAGGACGUACGAGAUGCUACGGGUGACGUUUGGGUUGGCCCCAUCGUCAUACCUUGCCACGCGCUGUAUGCAGCAGCUGGCGCAGGACGAAGGAGAGGUGUAUUCACGUGCGAAGGAAGCACUGUUGCGUGACUUCUACGUGGACGAUUUCAUCGGCGGAGCGGACUCCGAAGAAGAAGCGCUGUUGUUGCGGCAGGAGCUGGAGCAGCUGUUGCCGAAGGGUGGAUUUAGGCUGCGCAAGUGGGUGUCAAACGCCACAGGGGCGUUGGCAGGGCUGGCUGCGGACGAUUUGGGUACGCAGACCACGCUCAGUUUCGACCAGGAGCAGGUGAAGACGCUGGGAAUAAACUGGCAGCCAGGGCCAGACGUUCUCGGCAUCGAUGUCACGGGUUUGUCCGUGAAUGGGCAAUGGACCAGACGGAAGGUCUAUUCGGUCAUUGCCCAACUUUGGGAUCCAACUGGGAUCACUGCUCCGGUCAUUUCGUGGGCCAAGAUUCGAAUGCAGCUGCUGUGGGUCGCGACUCAAGGCUGGGACGACCCAUUGAGACCGGAUUUGGCCGGGAGGUGGACUGAGUUCUACCAGCAGUUGCCGGAGUUGUCGAAGAUUUCGGUCGACAGGUGCGCUUUCGUGGAAAAUCCGGUCCAUGUCGAGUUUCAUGUGUUCGCGGAUGCGUCCGAAGCGGCCUACGGAGCGUGCAUCUACGCUCGUUCGAUCAGCCAGCCGGGGCUGGUCAAAAUUUCGCUGUUGGCGGCCAAGUCACGCCCCGCAGGGUUGAAAAAGGUCACCCUGGCGAGGUUGGAGCUGUGUGCAGCUUUGAUGGCAGCAAGGCUGUACCGGAAGGUCGUGCAAGCCCUCAAGAUGGAGGGCACGGAGAGUUGGUUCUGGUCGGACUCGACAGUCGUGCUGGCGUGGCUGAGGUCACCGUCGUACGUGUGGCCCACGUUCGUUGCGAACCGAGUCUCGCACAUCCAGGAGUUGACGAAAGGGCAUCGCUGGAACUACGUCAAGGGGACAGAAAACACAACGUAG